ACGCCUGUGAUGAUCUUUCCACAGUCGAAACCGUAGUUGCCUCUUGAGCAGAUGUGGUCUCAUUCUACUUAAUAAGUCAUUGCAUCAACAAGGUCAUUAACUUAUUUCCACACAGACACACCACAGCUGUAAUUAACUCUGGCAAAUUGGGUGGACCUAAGAAUGGUGAUCACCGAGCCGACGCAAAUGUCGGAUCAGAGCACCACGACAGGAUUACCUCAGUGGGGAAAUGAGCCUAGCGACGACGACAGCAGCAGCAGCAGCUCCAGCAAACAAACCUCAUCACGGAAGCGGAAGAUCAAAGAGGAACCUCUCGAUGACCAGCAAGAACUGAAGCGCCAGAAAAACCGAGAAGCUGCUAAAAGAUGUCGUGAAAAGAAAUUGCAACAAACGGAAGAAUUGACCAAGAGGAACGAACAGCUGGAGCAGGAGAAUCGGCAGCUGGCAGAAGAGAAGGAGGAGCUGAUUCAAAAGUGUCGCACUUACCAGCAGGAGAUCGAGCAGCACAAACUCCACGGCUGCUCCGUGCCCCACUUUCAAACCCCGUACGACCUCGAGGAUGUCCUGCAUGCUGAAGCAUCCCACCCACCGCCGCAGGUCUCUUCCCCAGCGCCGAGCUCAGCCUCCAGCACUAGCCCUGCCCCCAGCACCAGUCCGGCUCCUAGUGUCAGUCCUCGCCCCCCACCUGCUUCUCUUCCCACCUCUUAUGGUGGUGAGCAGGCUUUAACUCUCCCCCCAGUGCCCACUCCUGGCUUGCAUGUUGACGCUGCCUGGCAGUGUGCUUCUACUGAAAGGUCUACAGCACACGGCAUGUGCUGUCCAAAAGUAAACCAUACCAACGUGACAAAGCAGGCUUCAGAGAUUCACCACAUCAGGGUGAGAAAUAAGGAUGGGUCUAUUAAGACCCUGGCCUUGGAACACAGCCAGUAUGUAACGCUCAUGCAAAAGAUCGAGCUUGUCCAGCAGCAGCAAAAGAAACAACAACAGCACCAACAGCAGCAGCCGCAACAACAACAACAACAACCGCUGCCACAAUACCUAAUGCAGGAGCAACUACAUCCUCCUCAGCAGCAGCAGCAGCCGGUAGUUUCUGGUAUCAAACAGAACAUCGUAGCCCCAUUGUUCCACAAUUCUUCUACGAACACUGAGAGUAGCAACUUCGUUUCGGAUCCCACACUGGAAGACGACAACUGCCAGAGGCUGGACACCAUGGAUGACAUUCUCAGCGUCAUGAAAAAUGUAACAAAAGAUGAGGCUGAUACCCACAUCACCAUCAAAACCGAGGAGGAUGCCGAGGAAGAGCACGUGCAGCGCGUGAAGAAAGAUCUCAUGAAUAUGCUUCAAGGCAAAAGCUUGCAGAGCAACCUGCAGUUCCUUGCCGUAGAUGCAGUCUCUCGGUCGAUCAAGACUGAGCCACAGGACUUUCAGGUCCUGCCCUCCUGCAACCUGUCGAACGAUCCCCUCGUCAAGAAGGAGGUGCCAGCGAAAGUUACGUGCAAUGUUGAGAAGGUCGCUGGCAGCUCGAGACAGAUGUGGGAAACCCAAGAAAAGGUAGCUGGCGAGAAGCAAAGCGAGGCAAAGAUCAGGGCUUUAAUGGCAUACCUGCAAACCGUAGAACGAUCUGGUGUUCGCAGUUCUGACAGUCUUCCAGGACAGACCCAGCUGAAAAUUCGGCCUGGGGCGCCUGGGCUAAUUGAAGCGAACAGCACAAGCUCGACCUUUGUGACUUCCAGUGCCAAGGUGGGUUCGCUGAUGAAGAAUCCAAUGAGCAGGCCACCUCAAACAUCACAGUCCGUUUUUGCUCAGACGUCUUCAGCUGAUGUGACCUCAAGGAUGGUGGGCUAUCCGCAGCAGCAGCACCACCACCACCAGCAGCCAAAACAACAACAGUGUGAUCUAAACCUUUCCAACGGGCCGCGUGCACCAACGGAAGUGAGAGUUCCAUCAUAUGACGACAUCUUACCUGCCGUGAAGUUGCGGGAAGCAGCGUUCGGGUCCACAAAGUCCACAUUCUCUCGUACUGCUUGCGCGAGUCAGCGCGAGACUCCUGCCACGCUCUUCGCCAACGAGAGCAUUCAAUCCUUUAGCAAACCCGUUUCGCAGGAUGACGUAAGCAUGACGACGACUGGACAACCCUUUGGCACCCUUCUACACUCACAGCGGUCGACCAAGCAGGACACCCCUGGUGACCUAAGUGCGACCGCUUCGCCUUCCACUGAAGUGACCCGACAAACAUCCUUGCCGUUGCCGAAGACUUUCACGACUCUGGUGAACAUCCCGAUGCAGCAUGUUCCCGGGGUACACUUUGCAACCCAAAGCGACACCCCUGUCAACCUGCAGCCCGUUGACCAGACGAACAGCAAUGGCUGGGGUUCAGACGAACCGAGCAUGGGGUUACUUGGAGGAACAGAGACUGAGUCGGGAGAGGUGCUGAUGUCCAUGAGCACGACACAGAUAAUGGAAUACUUGAAGUACAACAGCAUGGAGGUCCUCGACUCAGCGUCCAUCUCAUAGCGAGUCAAUGGGGCUACUGAGAAGAUAAAUUUGGACAGUUAGUAAAACUAAAGGGACCUUGCAGGCCGAAUUAGCAAAAAAAAAAAACAAAAAAAAAAAAACAAAACAAAACAAAACAAAAAAACAACAAAAACCAUGGACUUGUAGAUAGUUGAUAGAGACGAAAAACUGGACAAAGUGUUUUUCUUCCCGAAAUGAAAACUCAAAAAGCAGUUUAACACCGCUGAUAAGUGCUCUUAAGCACAGGCAAACUU